AUGCAGCUAGGUUACAACGGCUGUAGCGGGUUCUACGAUCCACCUCCACAUUGUUUCAUAUUCUCUGAUUUCCAAUUGGCUCCCACCUUGGAAGAGUUUAAGAGGAUUGUAUGCCAGAAUUUGAAGGAUCAUAAUCCAUUUCCGAAGUUUGAUGAAGGUAUUCCUCCCAAGAGGAUAUCAUUAGCUUUGGGUCUGAAAGUUUCUGAACUCGUGGACAAUUGGGAUGUGAAGGGAGCUUUCAAUGGUUUUUCUAGGAAGUUCUUGGAAGAUCAAGCUAAGAAGAUGGAAAAAGAGGGGAAUUGGAAAUCUUUCUAUGCUGUGUUAGCUGUGUUGGUGUAUGGGAUAGUUCUCUUCCCAAAUAUUGACCAUUUUGUGGACCACCUGGCGGUGAGAAUCUUCCUCUCUGGUAAUCCUGUACCGUUCCUCCUGGCAGACCUCCACUAUGCUCUCCGCGAUCGUCAUAAGAAUAAGGGAGGAACCAUUUUAUGUUGUGCGCAGCUGUUGCAUGCCUGGUUUAAAUCUCAUAUGCCCGAAGAAGGCCCUUUUAUCUCAAAGGAACUCAAGCCCUCUCAUAAAUUAGCUUCUCUCACCUCCAAUCAUGUUAAGUGGUAUAUCAGGUAUUGGGAAACUGAGGAUGUUAUUGUCAGCAUUGGAGACUUCCCCAAUGUACCUUUGAUAGGAACCAAGGGUUGCAUCAACUACAACCCGAUGUUAUCUUUAAGGCAACAUGGUUACCCUAUGAAUGACCCUCCAAAAGCUGAAGCUUUAGAGCCUUUCAUCUUACACAGUGCUGAAGCAGAUCACCCCAUGGUGAAGAAGAUCAAGAGGUCGUGGUAA